UCUCUCCCAGACAUGGUUCUAUGAGAAAUUCCGAGUCGACCAUAUUGAUCGCACCAUUUCCUAUCUUCAACGAGAUAAACCAUUGAUACAAUACUGGGACGAAGAAAAGGCAGCAAAGGUCGACAAAAUAAUAUCGCAGAACUACAUAGGAGUAGGACAGAUGGUAGACGACCUCAGGCGCCCUUGGAAGCCAGUGUCGAAGGCUUCACAUCAACCUACAAAGUCUACUUUUGAGGUCGAUGGGACACUAGGCCGCGUACUCGCCCAGGUGGGAGAGAUAAAAGCAAUAGUGUGUCAGCAAUAUUCGGAGAUUUACGCAAAACUGGACGGAGUAGAAAGGCGCCAGAAGCAAAACAACAUGCGCUUGGAGGACUUCAUUUGUGCAUUCAAUGAUCAUCGAUUUGGAGUAGGACAGAAGGACUUUAAUGAGGGUCAGAGAGUUGAUAAUAAUAUCAAGAAAACCUCAAAGAAUGUUGCUGCUAGUACAAAUGAAGUGCCAAAGUGUGUCUACAGCAACCCCAGCAAGAACCUUGCUGGGGAAUUUGAGGUAAAAAAACACCUGUGGACCCCCACAAAGGAAAAACAGACAGAGAUGACGCUGUGGACUCAUUUAGUAAGCGUUUUAGGAGUGACAGCAAGAACUUACCCUCCCAAUCUGAGAAGGUGAAGAAAACAUAUGUACACCCUCAGAAGUCAAAGACUGAAAGAGACGAUAGCAAGAACUUACCCUCCGAAUAUGAGAAGGUCAAGCAUACGUCCAUGGAUGCCAUGGACUCCAUAGGGAGGCGUGUCAGACAUGACGGCCGGAAGA